AUGACGACCACCACCUUCCUUUCGGCAUACGCGCUCGGUCUGGCCGCCAUCGCCAACUACGCACAGGCUCACGGUCGGUUGAUUGCCCCGCCACAUCGUGGCUACAUUGGCAAGUUGGCCCAAUUCGCUGGGAUCGUUCCACCCGACUACGACGACCACAGUCUCAACGCCGGUGGUAUUGCGGCCACGUCUGGCGGCAAAUUCGGCGUAUGCGGCGACUCGUACUCUGGGACCCGGCAGCAUGAAACUGGAGGCACGUACGGGACAUUCCCCACCAAUGGUGCCAAAGCCAUCGGGGCCUGCUACGCUCCGGGGUCCACCGUGGACCUCCAAGUCCAAUUGAUGGCCAACUACAAGGGGUACUUUGAGUUUGGCUUGUGCAAACUGGACACGAAAUACGACAAAGAAUCCAAUGAGUGCUUUCAAACGCUGGCCCAGCCCAGCGGCGAAACGAAAUGGCAAGUGCCCCCAGGCAACGAAGUGUUUACGAUCCAGUCGGUGCUCCCCGCUGGAGUGACUUGCGAAGGCGACGCUCACUGUGUGCUUCGAUGGCAUUAUGUCGAGUGGAACAACACGGAUGUGGGCAUCGACGGCCAAGAACAGUAUUGGAACUGCGCCGACGUGUACAUUAGCAACACGUGUGGUACGGCUCCUGCACCUUGCUCAGUCGACCCCACCUACGCUCCUGCACCUAGCCCUUCCAAACUGACUGAUGCCUCGGUGCCGGCUCCUUCGUCUGCCGCCGUCUGCGGCACAUGCACCAACUGCUACUAUCCUGGCUCGAACGCGUGCUUCAUUGGGUGGUCGGCCGCUGAAUGCGCGCAAAAUCCCGCAUUCAACUGGUGCGGCGCCAAUGCGGUAUUGCCGAGCACCAGCACCCUCACUACUUCUCCCAGUACCAAGCCCGUCACUCAACCCCCCAGCUAUAAGCCUAUCCCUAUCCAUUGUCCCAGCGCUAAACCCACCACAUCUUCAAUUGCCGCGUCUAUGACAACAGCUGCUACUCCUGCACCUCCGUUAACUUAUGGACCUGUGCCAACCACCACCACGUCUACACCUACGGCCGCACCUAUUGCUGCUCCGACUACUGCACCCAAGACGAGUGCGACCACAUCUGCAUCUACCACGACCACACCUGCCAAUGCGGUGCGGGAUCAAUUGAUCAGUCAACACAACAAAAUCCGAGCCGCCCACGGCAUUGGCCCCGUGACGUGGGACGAUGCGUUGGCGUCCAUAGUACAAGUUUGGGCUAGCGAGUGCCAUGGGUUUGUACAUGGGGAACCCAUCGGUGGUGGGCAAAACUUGGCCAUGCAUACCCCCUGUGGCGCCAACACAGCUCUCGCUUGUGACAAGGUGUUGGGGGCGUCGUGGGUUUGGUACGACAAAGAAGAAACGUUCUGGAACUACGGCAAAAACAAGUGCAACGGGCCCUGGGUCAAGUGCGGCCACUUCUCCAACAUGAUGAGUCCCGAAGUCAAGUCGAUUGGGUGCGGGUGGUCCUUGUGUGACAACGGCAAUUACGUCUGGUGCAACUACAACAACCCCGGGAUGAACCCCAAGGUGCCCCCCCUUCGUGGCAUCACCAAGCCCCAAUUGAUGGCGAGUUUAACAGUCUAG